AUGACGGAAAUCCUGCUGCAGGGCCAGAGCAAGGGCAUCCUCUACGAGGGUUACGACAAAGCUUUCAUCCAGUGCAUCUUCGAGGAGGGCGGUAUCCAGGGUCGCAACGAGCGCUACGAGUUCAGAUGUAACGCCGACCUGCAGUGCUGCGGACGUGUCUGUUGCGUACCGGAGGAAGCCACGAUUCCGCUAUGGCUCAUGGUCAUCUUCAUCAUCCUGGCGGCACUUCUGCUGCUCGCCCUGCUGCUCACCCUUGCCUACUUGCUGGCCAAGUACUUGAAGUCACGCCCGAAGAAGCCGAAAUUCGAGCCCUCGCCGAUGAGCGAGGAGAACCUGAAGGCGCCGCAGGCCAUCAAGAUUAUCCAGGUGAAAAUUAGCAACAAU